UCGUUAAUCUUCCAAAUAUCCCGAUCCGAGGUCUCGAUAGACAUCCUCAGCGGCGAUCUAAAGGCCACCGGUUCGGCCGAUUCUACACCGGAUGAACUCUACCCCUUCCAUCCCAAAACCGAGAUAAACAAAACACCAAAUCGAGAGAAUCAGAUAAGAAAAAAAGGAAACCCCCCAAAAUGAGCCGCUCACUCCUCCGCACCGCCCUGGAGCUGCGCACGCCCAUAACCCGGCUCCCACCACCCUUCCUCCUCCCUCUCCGCGCCCGCGCCUUCAGCAGCACCCCCGAAAAGCGCACCAUCGAGCCCGCCACCCCCGCAAGCGAACCCAACCCACGCGGGCUCCCCAUAACGCCCACCCGCCGCGGUCCACCCCCGCCCCCGCCUCCCUCAACACAGGGCCCAUCCCCCAUAACCUCGCCCUCGGUCGCAGAGCUAUUCCCACUGCUCCGCGCGCAGCCCUCGCACUACAUCACGGUGCACAUCCACGAGCGGCCCUACCUCGUCACAGAAGGCGACCGCGUUCGUCUGCCCUUCCUAAUGCACGGGGUUCUGCCGGGGGAUAUCCUGCGCCUGGAUCGCGCGUCUACGAUCGGUUCGCGGGACUACACGUUGUUGGGCCAGCCGUACAUCGAUUCCGGGUUGUUUGAAUGUCGGGCUACCGUUCUGGGCGUGGAGAGCGAGCCGUUGCGCGUCAAGAUCAAGACGAAGCGCCGCAAUCGACGGUCGCAGAGGGUCACGAGUAAGCAUCGGUAUACGAUUUUGAGGAUUAGCGAGUUGAAGCUUUUGGGGCCGACUUAAAAUGGGAUGGGAUGGGAU